GAGCACGUGGUUCCGCGUCUGCUUCCCUACUUGUCUGUCACCGAUGUGAAGGUUUUUUUUUCCCCCCAGCCCUUCCCUCCUCGCUCCUCGUCCUCCCGUACAUCACAGCAGACCCUCUCCUCCUUCUUCUUCUUGCCCACCCGCUCAUCCUCAUCCCUCUCUCCUUCCUCUGCCACACUUCCCUCCUCCUCCUCCUCCUCCUCUUCGCGACGGGCUCCCGGGACUUGCCAGGCCGCGGUCACUCCAACGUGCAUCCGCUCAGGGAGAGAGAGAGAGAGAGAGAGAGAGAGAGAGAGAGUGUGUGUUUGAGUGUGUGUGUGUGAUCGAGGCAGAGGGAAAGAGUGAGUGCGAGUGUGUGUGCGCGCACCCGGCCGCAACCGGUCCGUCCUCUGUAUUUCCCCCCUUCCAUCGCCCCGCAUCCGCCGUUCGGUCAUGACGCUGGAAGCGAUCCGCUACCGGGCCGGGUCCCUGCAGAUCCUCAACCAGCUGCUGCUGCCGCACCAGACCGCCUACGAAGAGAUCCGCACCGUGCAGAACGCGUACGAGGCCAUAAAGUCCAUGAAGGUGCGCGGCGCCCCGGCGAUCGCCAUCGUGGGCUGCCUCAGCCUGGCCGUGGAGCUGCGGGCGGGCGCCGGCGGCGAUGACCCCGUGACCUUCAUCAGAGAGUCCCUGUGUCACCUGACCUCGGCGAGGCCCACCGCCGUCAACAUGGGCCGCGCCGCCCGCGAGCUGAUGGAGUUUGCCGAGAACGAGAGCAUGGAGAAGAACUCUGAGCAGCUCCGAGAGAGUGUCAUUGCCUGGAUCGAAGACAUGCUGGCGCGUGACGUCAAUGACAACAAGAAGAUCGGUAACUAUGGCGCUCAGCACAUCCUGUCUGGCGUCCCGAGGGACUCGGUGACCAUCCUCACACACUGCAACACCGGCUCGCUCGCCACUGCUGGAUACGGGACUGCACUGGGCGUGGUGCGAAGCCUCCAUGCGCUGGGGAGGCUGAAGCGUGUCUACUGCACAGAGACGAGGCCGUACAACCAGGGAUCCAGACUCACGGCGUAUGAGGCGGUGGCGGAGGGUAUCCCCGCCACACUCAUCACAGACAGCAUGGCCGCCCUCACCAUGAGAGAAAUGAACAUCACAGCUGUGGUGGUGGGUGCAGACAGGGUGGUUGCCAACGGUGACACAGCCAACAAGGUGGGCACAUACCAGCUGGCCAUCGCCGCAAAGCACCAUGGGAUUCCCUUCUACGUGGCUGCACCCAGCACGUCAUGUGACCUGAGCCUGGAGAGUGGCAGGGACAUCAUCAUCGAAGUGCGGCCCCCCGAGGAGCUCACCAGUAUAAACGGAGUGCCCAUCGCUGCCCCGGGUAUCGAGGUGUGGAACCCAGCGUUCGACGUGACCCCUCAUCAGCUCAUCACAGGCGGCAUCAUCACGGAGCUGGGAGUCUUCCUUCCCUCUGAGCUCCAGGCAGCACUCACCGGUCGCCUCACUGCACUCUAGAGCCGCCCAGCCCCUCCUGCUGGUCCGUGUGCACCACUGCACCUUAACGUCAGACACUCAUCUCACCACAGAACACUCUCACUCUCUCUCUCUCUCUCACUCACACACACACACACACACACACACACACACACACACACAGUUGUUAGUGUUUAAUUUAAUUUUGACAGACGCACGGUCAAUGUUCCAUGUCGGUGGUGCACACAAAUGACAUAAUGUUGUUCAGUCUCUUACUCACCCACACUCAGAUACACACAGAUUCACUGCAGGGAGUCAAGCAGACACACACGUGCAGUCUCCCCUUUCUUUAACGUCUCUCUUUUUGUGUGGACUCUCCAUUACACCUUUUCCCAAGUUUCCCAUGCUGUCAUUAUCUCUUGCCACCUCCUUUUCCUUCUCAGUAGCUCUGCGACGACGAAUAGGGCUCAGCUGGACUCUCUUCCUUCAAUUCUAUUUGGCAGUCUGUUUUCGUGAGUCAUUGCUGAGGUAAUUUUUCAGGGGUUCUUCAAAAAAAACAAAAAAACUUCCACAAGGCUAAAGCGUGACAGAUUUUUUUCAAAGUAGUGAUUUUGAUUAGCCAUGGUUUCAAAAAAAAUGCUGCUACCCAUUUGUAAAUAGACAUGUCCUUGCUGGUAAUGUGUACAUAUGUAGAAAAAUAACCCCUGCUCGUAAAAGGUACUAUUUUAACCUAAUAUGUGGUUAUUUGAAAUUAAAUUUGACAUUAAAAAAAUGUUAUAUUAACAUUUAAUUUCUAUUGUUCCGUCUUAAAACCUUUUUGUAGAGGAAUAAUCCAAAUUUAUAGCUCUAUAGUAAUGUUAAAAGAAAUCCUGUUUCAGUCACACUUUUUAUCCGGUAAAAAUUUUGGGCAAAAAUAAUUUCUCAAACAGUCCUCGUUGGUCAGCUGAAGCCUAUGACAAGACAUGACUGCAUUUAUACCUCACUCCUUAUUUCUAUCUCCCAGUUCCACCAUAUCAUUCCACACGUGUAUUACCCUAAUGUACUUACAUAGCCAUUCUUGUGUCCGAACCAUAUUGAUAUUCACGUUUCCGCAAGAGACGAUCUGUAAGAAUGAAAAAAUCUUGCCAUAACAGCUUUUGCUGUAAGCUGAGGUCUAUAAUGCUGUUGUAUUGCUUCAUCACUAUUAAAGGAAUAGUUCACCCCAAAAUGAAAGUUUGGUUAUCUGCUCACUUGCACGUCAGUCAAGACUUUAAUAAUGUUUGUGCAACCUCAGAGAAGCAGUAUUAUCAUUAUUAUGGUUUUUACGGCCUGAAACUUCACUGCUUUUCUUCACUAUUUCUGCUGCCAUCAACCAAAAAGCAGACGAAGGAAGUUAACAGUUAGCUGGUGAACAUACUGGUGCAUGUGGUGGUCAAAGAGCCGGGUGUUUCCCUCAGGUGUUGGAGACUAAAAUAGAGCUGAAGGGGACUAAAUAUGGGACUUAGUUUUCAUUUGGACAAAAACAUCGCUUCAAAUUAAUGUUUAUGUUGACAGUGACCACGGUCGGUCUAAAUUGCGAUGUUUGUUAACAUGUCUACUUUAUCAACAUGAUAAUAUGUCAAUGUUGUUUUAAAAAUAUAUUUUCAUGCCGAUCUAAAGAGCCACAGUGUUGACAUAAUGCAGGCACAUUGUUUGUAACAGUGUCUACAGAUACAAAAGUGUCGAGGCCAAACUGUUCGCUCAAAUCAGAAACAUGAGCGACAACCUCAAGUCUGUGUUCUGGGGUGAACUAUUCCUUUCAGAAAACAAUGCCGCCAACAAUCAGAAUGUAUUUCUUCAACUUCGAUUUACUCGCUGUAGUCGGGGGCUGCGAUCAGCAGACUGAAGCCACUCAGUCACUUCUUGCCUUUGUGCUUAGUUCCGAAUGUAUUUCAACUAUUUGGAUUAAUUCCUUCUCAAAUCUGACUUGUUCCUCAAAUACAGACUGACGUCCAGCCCAUGAGGCUGCUCUGAGGUCAGAGGUCAGGGCCACAGGCAGCUGAGGACAGAUAGACAUUAAGGUUGAGAAAGGGUUUUCUCCAUCGUUAUUGGCUGAUAUUUGUAGCCCCGUCAGCCACGCGUUCCUCUUCUUGAUCCUCUCAAAGACAGAUCAGGAGUAAAAACAGGAAUUAAACCCCUUAAUGUUCGGGUUCAUCAGAUUCAUAUAGUUUUAAAAAAGAAAAAUUAUCUCUUACAAUUGUGAUGACAAUAUACAAAUUGUUUAAGCUAUUCUUUUAAGACAAAUGACAAAUGCUCACUAGUAACAGUUUCUGAAAUGUCAAUAUUUAUGAUUUUUCUUCUGUCCUAUCGCAGUAAAUUGACAAUAGUCCUUGGGACCAAACCACAAAAUGUAAAGUUGUCACCUUGACCUCUGGAAUAUUACAUUCAAUAGAUUAUCACUCGAUGAAUCAAACAUAGUUUGGAGACUAGAAAAAGAAAGUAAUAAAUAAUUCCAGCCAUACCCUCAUUAUGGGCCGGGAUCGACUCUCUAGCAGCCAGUUUUAAAACCAGACAAUAACAUUGUAUUUACACAUAAGCAGUAGACUGUUAUGAACUUUAAAACCCAGACUGAACCUGUGUUCAAGUUCUCAAUGUCAUACACUACACAUGUUUCUUUACAGGACACACCUACUGGCUGUACUGAAUGUCACAGGGCCCGCAUUGCUCACUGCCUUACAGGUGCAGCACCUGUACAGCUCACUGAUGUGAGACCACAGACCCGAACUCCUUCCUCCACCCCAAUUAAUAUCAUGUAGCCACGCCACCAUCUCAUCACGCUCAAAGAGAUGUGGAGAAAAUCUCAGCCGGUGAAUUUACAUGCACACUUGUAUCCUUGCUCCUGAUUUUUAGAGAAUCCUGACCCAGCUCUGUAAACUUCAAGUGAAGUUACAAAGUAGUCGGUAGAUGUAUCCAUCACCUGAUGGAGAAGUUUAGACAUCCAGUAACCAACCCUGAUCCUCAGCAACACAUUCUUCUUCCUUGUCAAACCCUGGUGCCUACAUUACCCACAAUGCAUCUCUAACUGUCGACAGUCCUUGUGGGAUUUCAGUUGUACUACGUUUGUGUCAGCAAAUGUAGCCUGGAGGAUCAAAGCCAAGAUAAACUUCAAAUCCAGAAUCCUAAUUCAUCGGUAAAUGUACUGUCUGACCGUUGUGAUUGGAUUUCUAAACAGUGGGUUUGAUGAGACCGGUGUCAGAGGUUUGGCCACAUACUGCAUCAUGCCAAUCUACGUUUCCUUUCAACCCUCACUGACCUCACACACUGCCUUUGUUGACUUUAUCACUCUCUUCAUUUAAAGAUGUGGCAGAUACACCAACCCACAUUUCUACUUCACAUGACCAUUGGGGUCCAGUGAAAACACCCCCCAAAAAAACUUGGUGUCAUUGAUAAUUGCAGUAUCCUUAGUUUUACUGUCCAUAUCUUUAAAAUGCUGUAAUAUAAGCUUACUCCUCCCGUCCCCUUCAUCUUCAUCCCUCUUUCUCCUCUGUCCACCCAUUAAACCUCAACUCACAAAGAUGCUGGUUGGUCCCACACAUAUGCAUGCACGCAUAAAAGACACUUGUGUAUUUGAAUUUUCUUCCUCUCGUUUUGUACAGUUAAAGACGUCACACAUUUGGGGGCACAGCUAAGAUGGUUUUCCCGACAUAUGUAGCAACUUUGUGGCCGUCGCACCAGCCGCAUAUUAUUUCUUUCUAAAAAAAAUGAACCAAGUAUGAGAUUUUUGUUUGUCUGUACAUCAUGAUUAGAACUGUUUGGCUGUGGUUUGUUGUUUUAUUUCAUGACAUUGUGACUCCUAGUGACUAGGCCAUUAGUACACAACACUGAGGAGGCCUCCUCAACCAUACACACUACCUCUUCGUCUGCCUACACAGACUCAAGCACUGAAAUGCAUGAACAUAUGCACUUUGCGUGCCAGGCUGCAGCACAGCAGAUUGACAGAUUGCAGGGGGGAGGGUGACACUUGGACUAAAAUCAUCCACCUCCUUAAUAAUGUUUGUAUCUCGAACCCAAAGUGACAAAUAAUUUGUGGCUGUACUUUUAGUUUGCCAAAGUAGCCUGCAUUCGGGCUUGUGUGUUACCUUGGGUUGCGUUCUGCAAUGUUUUUACACCGUGCUUAUGAAGAAGCAGCAGUGUAAUACUGUGUUAAAAAAGAUGUUUCACCUACGUCCCCUUGAGAAACCCAACACAUGAGUAAUAAUCAGGUGCCAAAACUCAACACGUGUUUUUCACAUUGAUUUGAUUAACCAAAGCAGGUACUUGUGCAUUAUCAUAAAAAUGAGUAUGGCCUGCAGUUGCUAUGGAAGGAGUGUUGUUCAGAUGGCCUCUUUAAGUGCAAGUAUGUUAUUGUUGUUAUUGAUAAUCACUUGAUUUUAGGUUUAAUUUUGUAACGUGGAAAUAGUUCAAAACUGGAUUUUUUUUAUAUACGUGUAUAUGAAUAUAAUGCUGUUAAGUGCAGACAUGAAUUAAGAGAUUUCUCUUUCACAUCAAUACAGUAAAAGGGAAUAAAACCACAGUGAAAAUA